AUGGAAUUAGGGGCCAAGUAAAAACUGGGAGGGUGUAAGUAUUAAUGGAGGGGCUGUAAAUGACGUCAAGAGCAAGACAACUAAUAUAACCAUGAUUUGAGGGGCUUUAUCUUUGAGAGAAUACUGCUGGGGACUACCAACCCCUGACCGAAAGACACAAUUAUUUGGGACCAAGCUGCCUUUUACCUGCAAACAGCGGGUACGUACAGAAUAGAAUGAAACUGGUGUGUGGCCUUAUCUCUUGCCUGCUCCUGCUUUGCCUUGUACUGCCUGAGACACAAAGCCGAGCACUGCAACCCUCUCUGGAUAUAAGAAGCCUAUACCCUAAAAUGGCAUCUGCAGCUCAAAGGAGGAGUGAUCCUGACAUUGACCCUUCUUGGUACACAGGAAGAGGGAUCCGUCCAGUUGGACGCUUUGGAAGGAGAGGCACAGCCUGGGAAGAUGCUCAGAAAUAUUUAUACAAACAACUGGGGCAGGCCUGUAUCCCAAUAGUGGAAAACACUGAACUGAGUGAGGAAAACUGAAACCUUCUUCAGACGAACAACAACAAUCUCACCCCAUCCUCAAUACAUGUUUACAAUGUUUACUUGGAGGGGUUUACACAUCCUUCAACCUUCUCACUGCCCACAGGAAUUGCAACUGUUGCCUAUAAUUUGACAGUAAAAGGACACAUUUUGGCUUGGCCCACUAGGCCUAGUCACACUAGUGUAUUUAAUCUGAUUUAUUUACAAAUAUAUUAGUCUGUCUUUAUAAUACAACAAUAUCCAUUGAUGACUUUCAGUGUCAGAAUGGUCCAAUCACAGUAUGCUACUGCAAGAAUGUCAAAGCAAAUCAAUUGAUGGGUUAAAAGCCUAUUAAACAAUUAUCACUAUACAUUCAUUUUAAUCAUGUAUUUUUAGUAUAGGUAUU